AACAAAUUAGUUUGAAAUUAGAAUUGGGGGAACCAUUAAGCUAGGGUGCCUAGGCUUCAUAUUCUUACCUCCAUAUAGACGUAUAUUCAUAACUGGGCAUAUGGAUAUGUAUUUUUUUUAAUUAAGUCAAAACACUUGUGUUUACAUGCGUCGAAAAUACACGCUUAUGCGCUGGGUUCCAGUGUGGGUGUUUGUAUAUAGCGAUCGAAAAAGAAAAACUCAAACUGAAGUUGUGGCGACGAUCGUCGAUCGCUGAUCCCAGAGAGGGACGACAUAAGUCGGACGCAACUCCAGCCUGCCACACGCGCCUCGAUCUCCAGCCGUCGGAGUCGGAUCGAUCGCACAAUAGCGAAGAAAUUAAGCCGCUUUGUUUGCACACCGCUGUGUACCUGGACAAAAGGAUCCUUGACGACAAGUUGGUCCCCCAUAGAUCACCUGUUGACACACGUACAAAAGGUGGCACCUUAAACUAGACGAGAUGCGGCUCUCAUCAACCCCGGAUGAGUAGUCACGUCUCGAAUCGGAUCGAUGGUGAGCCAUUCAUCACGACGAUUGGCAGACUCUCUAAUGCACUAAAAAUAAAAAUAAAAAACCGAACCGAGUCCAGGUAAACCUGCUGCAGUCCGGCCAGAAUUCUCGAUCGGUCAUUCGAAAAGCGGCUUAGGCGAUGACGGAUCAACUGCUGAGCUCCGCGGCCAGCGCUCCGGGGGAUCCCCCGGCGGUUCUUGUGCCUGUGCCAGCCUCCACGGGUGGACCGUAUUUGAGCGGUGGCUCCGAGGGCGAGCCAGAAUCCUCGGAACAGCCCGUCCUCCUCGAGCUUGGUGCUCCCCAAUCCGCCAGCUGCCCAGCAGUUAGUCUCAACUACACCCUAACCCCCGAUGGAGGAGGUCUGCUGGCCUAUGCGCCACCUCAUCCGCACAGCUAUUCACCUAGCUAUGGCUACGAAAAGACACCCAAUUUGGGUCUGUUGCCACCCACAUACAGUGUGAUCCCGCAGACGGUGUCGAUGUGGCAUGCUGGUCAGGUGGCCUCCGGCUCGCCAGUGUGCCUGGAAAGCAGCAAACCCAGUGAACUGGUGCCACCACCCAUCUACAUGAGCUAUGGCGGUGGUAGUAUCGCCAAUAGCACGGAGGUGGACAUCUCCAAGGAACACAAUCCCGCCUGGCGGGAGAAAGCCCUGCAGAUGGAGAAGGACUACAGACGCACCGCCUGCGAUCGGGAGAGAACCAGGAUGCGGGAUAUGAACCGAGCCUUUGAUUUACUGCGCUCCAAGCUGCCCAUUUCCAAGCCGAAUGGGAAAAAGUACUCCAAAAUUGAGAGCUUAAGGAUUGCCAUUAACUACAUCAAUCACCUGCAGGCCAUGCUAAGGGAGAAUUCUGUGGCUCAGAAUGGCAGUGGAUGCUGUGCCUGGAGUGGCGGGAGUAGUUCACCCUAUGACAAUGCCAACGAUCAUUGGGGAUCGUAGCUAACGAUGAACUUUAUACCUUUAAAAAUCUCGAAAAUAAAUUUUGGUAUAGUUUUAAGUGCAGUAUGCCAAAGAAAAUUCACUGGCGGUAGUCAACCCAAAUUUAAAUAUUUAAAAAAAAUGUAACUUUCCAAAAAUGGAAAUUAAAUUAAGGUCAACAUAUUUCUGUUCAACUAAACUAUUUUUGAAAACAACAGCUUUAAUUUUGU